GGUGGGUGACUGUAUCUCUCCAGGGUUGGUGGGUGACUGUAUCUCACUGCUGGACCCUGACCAGACAUGGAGUAGUUGGCUCUGCAUUUACAUUCACAGCACACCCACCCAUCACCGUCAAUCACCACACACACCGACAACACUAGAGCACAGUCUAUUUGGAGGCUAAAUAACUAAAUUGAUGUCUUAUAUUUUCUCUUUCUGUUUGUUUGUUAUUGUGUGUGUGAGAGAAAGACAGAGAGACAGAGACAGACAAAGAGAGAGAGCGAGAAAGAGGGAGGGAGGGAGGUAGCCUUGUUGAGUGAGUGAAGAUUAAUGUCGCGCUUUUCCCGUGCACGCACCUGCCUUGGGACUAGACUCCACCGGAGCUGCCUCACAUUUGAACUGGAAAACCUUGCGCGCGUCGGUGUAUCUGGAUUAACGGAAUGGAUUAGAGAUCUAAGAACGCCCCUUUCCCAUGUCGGAGCAGGAGAUGAAGAAGCAGCACCCUCCUCUUCCUCACCAGGAUGUCCAGAGAGAGAUCAGAGAGGGGGAGUAACUGGGGAUACACCAUGAUGGAGCCCUGAUACAGAGGACAGAGCACAGUUAAAUGGAGGAGCGGGACAGAAGCCGCUCCCCGUCCCGCAGGACCAGUCGGGUGGAGCAGGUGGUGGGGCGAUGGCUACGACGCUCCAGGGAUUCCAGCAGCAGAGAGCGUAUCCUGGUAGAUGGGAAGGCGGCUGCGGGGGGAGAGUCUAGCGGUCAGGAUCAGAAGAACAGCUACCCGGUUAGACUGACCGUCCAGAUCCUACGAGACCCCCUCCUCAACACUCAUGGAAUCACCCUGACACCUCAGACACCCAUACUGGUGCAGGACAUCACCCCAGCAGGGCCGGCUGAUGGAAGGCUCGUCCCUGGCGACCAGGUCGUAAAGAUUAACAAUGUUGCCGUCGACGACCUGACCCCAGAGCAAGCGGCUGACCUCAUCAGGGAGUGUCAGCACUCUGUGAUGAUAACGGUCCUCAGAAACUCAGCGGGACCCAAGUCUUCCUUCAUCACCCCAGAGAAGAGAGCUAAACUCCGGUCCAACCCGGUCAAAGUUCGCUUUGCUGAGGAGGUUGAGGUCAAUAGUCACUCUCAGGGCAACUCGCUGCUCUUCCUCCCCAACGUUCUAAAGGUGUAUCUGGAGAACGGACAGACUAAGGCCUUCAAGUUUGAACCCAACACCACUGUCAAGGACAUAGUGAUGACCCUGAAGGAGAAACUGUCUCUGUCUCGUAUUGAACACUUCUCUUUGGUUCUGGAACAGAAGUAUAGCAUCAGUAAACUGCUGUUGCUACAUGAAGAGGAGAGGAUACAACAGGUGGUUCAUCAGAAGGAAGUCCAUGACUACAGAUGUCUGUUCAGAGUGUGUUUUAUACCCAGAGAACCUGAGCACCUGUUACAAGACGACCCCACUGCCUUCCAGUACCUCUACCUGCAGGGUAUAAAUGACGUGCUACAGGAGCGUUUUGCAGUGGAGAUGCGUUGCAACACGGCCCUGCGUCUGGCAGCCCUGCACAUACAGGAGAGACUAGCCAGCUGUGGACAGUCACCUCGGACCAAACUCAAGAUCAUCACGAAGAGUUGGGGCAUUGAGAACUUUAUCUCUUCAACCCUCCUGAGGAACAUGAGGGAAAAGGAUCUGAGAAAGGCCAUUGGCUAUCACAUGAAGAAGAGCCAAUCACAGGAGCCAAAGCAGAAGGUGCUGUCGGCCAAUCAGGCGAAGAUUAACUACCUGGAGGAGCUGUGUGACCUCAAGUCCUUUGGCGGGAAGUCCUUCAGCGCCACCAUGAUGCUCCAAGACAGAGAGUCGAUGGUGACCCUGUUGGUGGGGUCGCGGUACGGUAUCAGUCAGGUGGUGAACCACAAACUGAGCAUCAUGACCACCCUCACAGAGUUCAGCAGUAUCACACGCAUAGAGCUGCUACCAGAGUCUGACCGCGUCAGUCUGGUCAAGAUAUAUCUACAGGACAUCAAGCCGAUCACCCUGUUGUUGGAGUCAAUAGCAGCUAAGGAACUGUCCUGUCUGGUGGCAGGGUACUGUCGUGCCCUAGUGGACCCCAGCCUCAUCAUCUUCCCCUGGACACAGGACGGCAAGCAGCACCGCGUGUCUGCUGAGGAGGGUUAUGUGUCACGGGGUGGCAGUGACUCGGACGAUUCCUCCGACAUGGAUAUGGACACUCUCAUCUCCCUUGUAUCCCAUAACAACAAGCGAACCACAUCAGACCCGUGGAGCCCCCUCAUCCCCAGCCUCACCCACGAGAGGGAGUGGAGAGGAGGGGGAGGAGAGUGCAGAGGAGGGGGAGGAGAGUGCAGAGGAGGGGGAAGAGGGAGGAGAUCGGGCAACGGAGCUUGGGUCAACUCUCACCAUUCUCCCAUGACCCCUGACUCUAUGAACUCUGAACCUGUGACCCCCGUUGUUGACCCCUCUGAGAACCUGAACUACGCUGAGCUCUCUCUCAUGCUGGAGUACCUCCCCAGUCCUCCGGAGGCGAGUGACGAUGAGGAUGAGGAGGGGAAGAGGGAAGAGAGGAGGAGGAGUAAUGAAGGAACUGGACCGGAGGUAUUUUCUGCAUCCGGAUGUCCCCGUUCCUCCUCCUCCUCACUUAUGGACUGUGUGUUUACCUUCGAUCAGAGCGACGCGAGGCAUUACUACAAUAUCUGCCCUAAUGUUACCCCCGACAGCACCCGCAGCCUCACCCACCCUCACCCUGAGACUGAGGAAGAGGAAGGUGGUGGUGAGGAGGAAGAGCAGGGGGGGCUCCUAACCUUGGAGCCCGUGCCCAUCCUCCAGCCGCCUCCAGGGUUCGGAGACAGCAGUUCUGACGAGGAAUUCUUUGAUGCGAGGGAUCGGAUCGCCUCGCCUGAAGACCCAACAUCAGGGACUGUGUCCAGAGAUUUUUCAGCCGAGAUGACGAGUGGAAUGACGCAGCAAACUGUGAGCCUGAGUGACAUCAGAAUCAGCCUGGCUGAAGGAACGAGGCAUGAAAGAGAGGAGGAGGGUAGAGAGGGCGAGACCAGCGAAGGAGGAGGAGGGAGAGACAUGUUCUCCAGGCUCUCUAGGAAAAGAUCGAAGAAACGGCGUUCCUUCAUGCAGACCGACUUCACCUCAACAGUCUCCUACCCUGGACCGGAUGAAAACCAGGAGCGGAACAGGAACCCAGAUCACGUUCCUGAUCAGUAUCGGGACCGGGCACAGAACCGGAGAGAGAGCUCAGACGAAAGCCAGCAGCUGAGUCUGGACCCAGAACCAUCUGAGCAGAGCCAGAACCCAUGUCCUACUGUCUCCUCUCUGAGCCACGCCGAGGGUGAGGCAUCCCAGCUCGAGUCCAAGCCUAUCCUCGCCAAGCCCAGUCCAGAGGGGUCCCAUCGGGGACCUGGAGAGCCAUGUGUGCUUGGUAACCCAAAGGGAAAUCCACGGGCGCCUGAUAACCCGAAGGGUGACCUCCAUAGGAGCUCCAGGAACAGGCGGCAGUCCAUGGAGACGGAGCCCGACAUGAUGGAGUCCAAAUCGGUCACGGCCCUGGUGACGGCAGCCUCCCUCUCCAUCACGGCUGUCCGCUGUAGAGUAGAACCAGACGGCAAGGAGAGCCCUGAUCGGAGAGGAGACGGGGAGGAGGUGGAGGGAGAGAUGGAGGAAGAGGAGGGGGGUGGAGAAGCAGGGGCAGGACCAUUCACAUGUCACAUGUUUCUAACUGAGAUUAAGGAGGAGGAGGGGCAGAGGGGGGAGGAAACAGGGGAGGAGGGGGAGAGCGACAGAGAGGAGAGACAGCCCUCGCUCAUUUCUGAAGGACCACCCUCUGUUAGGGGGUCCCAAUUUAGUAGACGACCUCUGUGUCUCACGAAAGACCAGGAUCAGGAAGCCUCUUUCGUACCCCAAAUAAGUAUCUCCCAUCCAGGUGUGUAUGGGAGGGACACGGGGGGUGAACAAGGCGUGGCUGGUGGUGAGGAGAGCGUGACUCCCCUUUCUGCUCCUCCUCCCCCCACCUCUCCACUGCCACCAUUCCCAGCCCCCUCCAUCCCCCACACAGAGAGAGGAGAGAGGGAUAGCAAGGAUGGGAAUGUUUGGUCUCAACCCAAACUUUUCACACUCUCAGACAGAGAGAAGGACAUUAGCUACUUGACUCAAGUCCAUAGAAAACUCGCUAUCAGUCACCAAGACCUGACAAGCCAAAGGAAAGCAGAAAUUGACAAUGAUGAAGCUAUAGAUAGCACUAAUUCUGUUACUGAUAACACUGAUGUUGCUACGGCUAACAUUGCAGCUACAGGUAACAGUCAUUCUGUCAUGGCUAACACUGAGACUACAGUUGACUCUGAUUUAGCCAUUGCUAAUCACAAAGAUACAAACAGCAUCAAAUCUGUUCCAGCUAACACUAUAGCUUAUGCCGAUUUUGCUAUGACUAACAAUGAAGCUAAUGCUAUAAUUAAUUCCCUUACAACUAGCAAUGAUUCUACAAGUAAUGCUAACUUAGCUAUGACUAAUGCUAAUUCAGCUAAUGCCAACUCAGCUAUGGCUAACAUUCCCAAAGAGUCUCCCAUAUCACCUACAACAGGCUUCCUCCUCCGGCCUUGCUCACCGGGCAUCAUCGGGCAAAGCCUCUCGGCCUCCACAUUACGGGGGAAGAUCCAGAGCCUGCCCCUCUAUUUAUCUCGCUCCCAGGAAACCCUCAACCUCUCUGGGGUGGGAAGCCCCAACAGGAGCCCCUCUCCGGAGACCACCAGCAACAAGACUGAGGUAAUGGUCACCACCGAAACCACCAAGUACGACGAUGUCACAAAGGUGGCAACAGGGGAGGAUUUGAAAGAUUCCGGGGUGGCGUUGGUAGAAUCGGAUGAUUCUGAGGUUACGCUGACUGAAUCGGAGGUUGGCGAGGUUGUUGUGGAGACGGCCGGGGCGGAAAUCACGAGGUUGACGGUUUCAGAGGUCAAGGAGGUGAUCGAGAAGGUUGUGAUGGUCUACGGAUCCUCCCUUCCUCCCCCUUUAGCACCCAUCUCUCUAGAGUCCAAACCAGAUCCCAAAAUGGUUGUCAAGUUGCCUACCUGUCCCAUUGCUACAGUGGAAACUGCCCCUCCUAUGGCUCCAGCACCUAUCUGUCUGGAGCCCAAACCAGUCCCUGAACUACUCUCCCCAGGCUCCACUAUCCACAAAAUGGCCGCCCCAUUACCUUCCUGUCCUUCCUUUCCCGUGCCCAUACGCGUAGAGCCCAAACCAGACCAUGAACCACUAUCCAUACACUCCAAAAUGGCCGCCUUGUCGUCUUCUUAUCCCCCUGCUUUAGUGGUAACCACAGAGAGUCUGAAUUCUUCUUCUUCUAAUCCUCACCCCAUCAGAGUAGAACCCAAGCCAGAGCCUUGCCCCGAACCCCUUUCAGGCCCCAAAAUGUCUGCUCCGUUGUCUUCCUGCCCCUCUGCUUUAGUGGUGACCACACAGAGUCUGAACGGACCGGGGCUCAGCUUCCCUGGUUCUAACAUGAGAGGACAGCCAUUUGGGAGCAACAGCUUCUGUAGACCCCCAGGUGAGGAGGCAGGCCUGCUGAACACUCUGACUACAGGGUGUGGGGUCUUCACCUCCACCUGUGAGACCCAGCCCAACCAGGCCCACAUGGAGUCCUAUUCGCCGGCAAAGCCUGACUUUGGGUGUAGCUCGGUGCUGGCGUCAGGGUGCGAGACGGUCCUGGAGGGGGUGCAGACGCCCCUGGAGGCAUGCAGGUGUCCACCACCACUGGUGUAUACCAACUGUUUCAGCGGGGGUGACAGCUUCGACGAUGAGUUGACAGUUUACGAGUUCUCCUGCCGGACAAGUUCUCCUCCCGCCUCCCAACCCUCUUCCUCUGCGCUGGCCCUACCUCUCACGACCUCUCCUCCUCUCUCCUCUUUCCUCUCCUCCUCCCCUCCCUCCUCCCUCCUCUCUCCCUCCUUCCCUCGCUCCGUCCUGCCCCCCUCCUCCUCCAUGGAGCUCUCACCACUCCUCUCCCCGCUCCUUUCCCCGUCCAACUGCUUCUUGUCCCAGUCAAGUCUCCAUGAUGAUAUCAGCCGACUACGCCACCGCCGCUUCCCACCGCCCCCCGCAGGGUUCCAGACCGUCCGGAGCGACGUGGACAAGCUUCUCACCCUCCUGCAGGGUGGGAGGAUGGGGAGCAGAGGGGGGAGGCACCCCAGGGAGACCUGCGCCACCCACUUCUCAGAGAACAAGCGUCUUCUCCACGGGGAGGCCCGGAGGCUGAUGGCUGGCUGUCAGAAGGUGGUCCGGGUGGGGCAGACCCCAGACGAGAUGCUCUUCUCCCUCUCCGACAGCUUCAGGACCCUGGUGGGCAUGGCCGGCAUGUGCCUAUGGUUCUCUGGGUGCGACCGGUGCGACCGGAGGAAUGCCGAGGCACUGGCGGGGCUGGCGGACGUGGCCAGAACGUACCGGGAGUUUGUGCUGGCGGCGGAGAGGGCGAGCGGGAGGCGGAGCUGUCAUGACCUCAGCACCAAGCUCCUUGCCAAGCAGUGUACUGCCCUCACUGCUUCCGUCUUCUGCCUCACACAGCUGUUCCGCACACUCACCGCGCUCUGAACUGAACCAACGAUCUCUGACCCCUAUAACAUGUCGGUUGACCUUUCAAUUCUGACCUCUAGACCCACUACACAGAGUUGCCAGCCAAUCAGUCAGUCACCAGGCUGAGUGGGGAAUGAAUGUGUGAACUGCAACAGGUCCACGUAGCGACAAAAAAAAAGUAGAAGCACAAUUGAAAGGAGAGAGAGAUGAGACAAGACGGGAUGAAACAAGACGGUUCUAGUGUCCUGUGACAUCAUGGAGAGCCUCUGUGGCAUCAUAAAUAAGGAACCUCUAUGACAUCACAAAGUGCCUGUGUGACAUCACAGAGAACAUGUGACACGCUGGAAGACAUAAAAGUGAUGUCAUAACAGGUCCCAAAUGACUGUUCAGCUUUUUUAACCGUAACCUACAGUACACUGUGCUGAAACCACACGAGGGACAAACUGGACAUACGUAACAUCAUCACCACACUGCAAGAAGCCUCACGCAAUGACAAUCUCCGGACUCAAAGCCAACCUGCUUGCGUUAAUAGAGUAUUUAAGUAACUAUUAUAUUUUAAUGUCAAUUAUUUAUUUGUUUUCAUUCAUUAUUUAUUUGUUUUGAUUCAUUAUUUAUUUGUUUUCAUUCAUUAUUAUUUGUUUUGAUGUAUUAUUUAUUUGUGAUGUUAUCACUUUGAUUAUUGAUUCUGUAUGGUAUUGGUGUGGGGUGUGAGAAAGAGGAAUGUGGAGGGGUGUGUUUACAGAAAAGAGGAUCUAUGUAUCUACACAAACACUCCAGAGUUGGCUGAAAUGUACAGGCAUGUUGAUUGUGUUAUUAUUUGGCUGAUCAGUCAGUGGAAGGUUUGAUUUGAUACUUCUAAUACUUUUAAUACAGAUUUCUGACAACUACAGAUACUCUGUCUCUCUCUCUCUCUGUCUCUCUCCCUCUGUCUCUUCCUCUCUGUCUCUCCCUCUCUGUCUCUCUCCCUCUGUCUCUCCCUCUCUGUCUCUCUCCCUCUGUCUCUCCCUCUCUG